AAUAUUGUCGAUUUAGUAAUCCAGUAUUUCACGAGAACUCCGACUGGACAGACACGAGCAUGUUCGGUUCGAAAUUCUGGAUCCCUCUCGGUAGUUUUGGGAAAAUGUGGUGAAACUAAAUGGAUUGUGGCCCAGCAGAGCACACAGCUCAGUGAAAUAACACAAGUUUUGCAAUAACUAGGAAGCCAAACCGAUCUGAAUAACAGUGCUCGAGCUUACAUCAUACAAGGUGUUAUACAAGCGGUGGAGUUCCUAGUAGUGCCUUGAAAAUAACGGUUGUGAAAAUGGAUACGAAUUAUAUUAUCAAGUGACAAAUAGAAGAAACCAAGAUCCUACAGAGGAUUGUGAUAUUUGGAGCGCAACUCGUGAAAUAAAGAAGAUUCGAAUAUCAAUUGAGGAAGUGAUCUCUACAUAGGAGACCAUUUGCAGUUUGUGUUGUGGGGGAAUUUAUAAAAAAAAGUGAAAAGGAGAAAUACCACAAAAUAUAAAAAAGUCGCUCACGCAGAGAAUCCAUGAGAUGGUGAAAUGGUCCAAAUCCGUGAUGAACUAUUUGAACUUUGGCUAACAAACGAUCAAAAGCGAUAAAAACCGCCCAUCAAUUGAUGGGAGUAUGAGGUUAUUAUUAAGUUCAGAGCCAAUAAUACGUAAAAGAGGGUCAGAAUAAGAGAUAAAAAAAAUCAAAAUGCGUAAGAGACAGAAGCUACUUCCGGGGAUGUCCGACAUCGCCGUUAUAGUAAUAUUAGCUAGAUUAGUGUUAGUAUUAGGUCAAACCACCUGCAACAAUGGUCAGGGUCGGGUACUUUACGAAAGACUGCCAAAUCAACAGUUGCAAGGCUUCGAUGACGACGUGGUCCGAGAUUCGGCGCCACCGUUCCGAGUGCUGGAGAAAUGCCAAGACCUCUGCCUGCGAGACCGCACAGCGUCCAACAACUUGGGACGAGCUUGUACAAGCUUUGACUUCCAACCCGGAAGUAGGAUAGCCUCCUUCAGCGGCAGCGCCGAAUACGAAGAAUCCACUUGCUACCUUACAAGGGAGCAAGCUGCUCCGGAGGGUAUAGGAAAUCUCAUGCUCGUGCCGAACAGUGUCCAUUUCACCGAAGUGUGUCUGUCUUCUAGUCGACCGGAUCGCGAAUGUCCCAGCCGGCGCUAUGUGUUCGAAAGACACCCGAGGAAGAAACUCAAACUGCCAGUGUCCGAUAUCAAGGAAGUGACUGCCGCCAAUCGUUCGGAUUGCGAGGACAAGUGCCUCAAUGAGUUUUCCUUCGUUUGCCGAUCGGCAAACUACGAUUCCACUUUGCGCAGUUGUUCCAUGAGCCGAUUCACCCGGCGGACCCAUCCGGAACUGCUGGAAGAUGAUCCGAACUCGGAUUAUUUGGAGAACACCUGUCUGAAUGCGGAACGGCGCUGCGAUGGCUUGGUGGUGUACGUAAAAGAGGAGAACAAACGGCUGGGCGGUCCCUUCGAGGUGGAGAUUUUCAACAACAUGACCCUGGAGGAAUGCCAGUCGCUCUGUCUGAGGGCUGAAAAGUAUUUCUGCCGCUCGAUCGAAUUCGACGAUCAAACGAAGCAGUGCAUCCUCUCGGAGGAAGAUUCGGUCUCGCAGAAAGAUGACCUCAGCAUCAGCUCUAGUCCCACCCACCAUUUCUACGACUUGGUGUGCCUGGAUAAUCAACGCGGAACCGAUUAUCCGGAAAAUUCCGUUACAUCACACUUGUUCGCUAGCGGCAGACGUCCAGAUACCGCCUUUCAGAGGUAUCGUAACUCUAGACUAGGUGGAGAGUUUCAUUCAGAAAUUACGGGAAGGUCGUUGAGUGAGUGUCUGGACGAGUGUCUCCGGCAGACCAGCUUCCAGUGCCGUUCAGCGGUCUAUAGCGAUCGCUUUCGAACCUGCCGUCUCAGUCGAUACAAUCAACGGGAUGGAAUGCGCAUCAUCUACGAUGCUGACUAUGAUUACUAUGAAAACCUAAUGCCACAUUUAGUGGGCGGAGAUUCCGAUUCGACCAACGGCAGACCAGAUCCGACAGAUUGGAGACCACCCUACGGAGACCGUGAUCGUGAUCGCAUACCAGACGACAGAGCUCCAGGUCGGUUUCCACCGGGAGAACGUUAUCCUCCUGGAUUACGACCGGACUAUGGUGGUGGUUAUCCAUCAACAGACAGAUAUCCUGGACCAACGGAUCGUUAUCCAAUGGGCCCGGGAACAGAUCGUUAUCCAGCGGAUUUCGAUGGAAGAUAUCCACCGGUGUACGACAAUCGGUUUCCAGGGGAUCGCUACGGACCAACAGAUCGGUAUCCGGAUCGUGAACCCGACCUCUAUCCUGGAAUACCUCCCAUGCGUUACCCUCCACCCGACUCAAGAUAUCCUCCAGACACAAGAUACCCCCCAACUCCGGACACGCGCUAUCCAACGGAUUCGCGAUAUCCUCCUGACUCUAGGUAUCCAGUUGAUAAUAGAUAUCCUAAGGAUCCGCGUUACCCCACAGACCCUCGAUAUCCCACUGAUUCACGAUAUCCACCGCCCACUCCCGACUCAAGGUAUCCGCCAAUGCGACCAGAAACUCGCUACCCUCUAGCACCGACUGGAACCCGUUAUCCUCCUCCAUACAUGCCACAGAUGUAUCCUAACUAUCAGUCAGGUUAUCCACCGCCACCUAGAACUCCUCCAGAUCGUGGAUUCACCACUGAUCGCUACCCACCUCCCUUGAGACCAGUCGACAAUAACCGUUACCCAGCACCCGAUUCGCGAUACCCCAUGGAACCGAUUCCGGCACAGGGUCGUUACCCAACGUCACAACAUCAGAUCCCACUGCUUCCGCACAAAUACAACGAUGGUUAUGAUCCGUACGAACGUGGAUACGGAGAUAAUCGUGGCUACGGUCCGUACUAUCCACCAUCGGGAGUGGGAAGAAUACCACCCCCAAUGCCACUGCCGGCAUUCCCAGAUCGAGACCGUGGCUACCGGCGUCCAGGAAUGCCCGAUGGAGGAGGUUAUCCGUUUGAAAUACCUUACGGGCCUUCCAGUUCCGGAUACGAUAACACUCUCGGGGGUGGAGACGGUUUCGGAGGGUUCGGACCACAACGGCCGUAUGAAACUCGGUGCGAUGGCUACGACAGCUUCAAACAGAUGGCUUCCAAGCGCAAGAUGCGGAAACAAUUCAUAAGGCGAGUAAUCAAUGCACCAUCGCUGGGAGUUUGUCAGCAGGAGUGUGUCGCAGCUAGAGAUUUUAUGUGCCGCAGCUUCAACUACAGGGAAUCGGCUCCCUAUGAAACUGAAGGCAAUUGCGAGUUGAGUGACCGGGAUUCCAGAGAUCUGGACAUACCCAGCAGCCAGAUGUUUGAAACCGACAACUCAGAUUACUACGAAAGAUCAAUGGGACGGGGUCAAGGGGAUGAAUGCUUGGAUGUUGGCCAGCUGUGUAACGAAGACGGUAUGGAGUUCACUUUGAAGACACCGGAAGGAUUUGUUGGAAGAAUUUACGCAUACGGUUUCUACGACCGUUGCUUCUUCCGAGGUAACGGUGGCACUGUAAACGUUCUUAGGAUUAGCGGUCCUGGAGGAUAUCCAGAGUGUGGAACUCAAAGGUAUGGAGACACAAUGACCAACAUCAUCGUUGUUCAGUUCUCGGAUAAUGUUCAGACUGGCAGAGAUAAGCGGUUUAACUUGACCUGUAUGUUCCGAGGACCUGGUGAAGCAGUUGUUACCUCAGGAUAUAUUGGAGCAGGUUUUAAUGAAAUUGACAGAUCAGGCAGUCCGAUCCCGAUCGAGUAUCUACCGGCAGAAAAUUCGAUGAGCAACAAAGUGCGGCUUAUGAUUCUGUACCAGGGACGACCUACGACAACCAUUGCCGUUGGUGACCCGUUGACAUUCCGCUUGGAAUCUCAGGAUGGAUACAGCCAUGCUACAGAUAUCUUUGCAACAAAUGUUGUAGCGCGGGAUCCUUACUCUGGAAGAAGUGUUCAACUGAUUGAUAACUAUGGCUGCCCAGUGGACAAUUUGGUGUUCCCAGAACUUGGACGCUCAAGAGAUAAUGACGCUUUGGAAGCGAGAUUCAACGCAUUCAAAAUUCCAGAGUCCAACUUCUUAGUUUUCGAAGCAACGGUCCGAACUUGUCGAGGAGGCUGUCAACCGGCUUAUUGUCCUGGGCCCAGUGGUCGAUCGGAACCGUCAUUCGGAAGGCGAAGGAGAUCUGUAUCCGAAAACCCGACAGACUUCGAUGGAACAGCUGAGCCGCUGACUAGCAGUAAUACGGAUGACGAUGAUGAUGAGGUUUCGAUAGUCAAUGGAACAGUUAUACGCGACACAAAGGUGCUAAAGAAUGGGACGAAGGAUGGCGAGGACUCUACCGGAGAUGAUCUUGAAGCAAAUGCAAGUGAAAUGCCCGAGCAAGUGCGCGAGAUGAUUGAGUCUCGCGCUUUUCACACUUUACAGGUUUUCCAAUCCCGUGAAGAGAUGCAACAGGACACGGUUGCCAGGAAAAUGGUUGCUCCACAAGAGACCGUCUGUUUGACACAUUCGGAAUACUACGGAUUACUAAGUGCAUUGAUCCUGCUCAUGAUUCUUCUCAUCAGCAUAACGUUUGCCUCCGGGUUAGCUUAUCGGAGGUAUUGGAAAGUGUUCAUGAAGAAUCGGGCACUUGAUCGAACGUCUCCGGUUAAUUCUUUCACUCCGUCUGCAUUGCAUAACGUAUCCGGAAGUCAAUUCCAUGCAUCCGGCAGAGGAACCUCGUCAUCUCGAGGCGAAGGAAACAUACGUUCACCAGGAUUAUCACUCUUUGGAAACGGACUACAGAAAACUUUUGCCACCGGGAACCUCUCCCGAAUGUGUCAAAUUCCUGUGAUGAAUCCAAUUUCCAGGACCAACGGUAAUAAAAGUGAAUUUGAUGACCCCAGCGAACCGAUCUACACUGACCCUUCCCUCUUUGAACGAUCAAGAAUAUAAACGCCUUUGAACCCUCUUUCAGAUCACUGCGCAGCAUCGCUGUUGACCAAACCGAUGCCAACAAUUCUUGAAUCCAAAAUGAGCUCUAGAUUUAAUUAGGAUACACUCGUAACCAUUCCGUUGACCGUAGCGAUGGUUUUAGGCAUAAGUUCAAAAAUGAAAGCAAAAGUUUACGAUUAACAUGGCUACGUUCUACAUACAUAAAUUUAAGCAUGUGAUGUAAAGGAGCAUACAUCCUAUGAUAUGCCAGAUGAAAGCUCAUACAUUUAAGUUCUGUGAUGGCUAAAGAUAGCAGCGGACCGUAAAUGGCCGCAAAAGGAUUCUUUAUUUUAUAAACCGAAAAUGUGAAUACACUUUUCCUUUGCCCUUGGAGGAACAUUGUUUUACACUGAAACUGUUGUCUACCAAAGUUUGAUAACAUACUGGGGUGGAUAAUGCGAUGAGGUCUGUAUAGUCGUCGAAUCUCUUCUUAAUUUAUUCGUAUAAUGAUAAGUAGCAUAGGCAAUAAUUCAUUUAUAAAACUAUACAUUCCGGAAAAGAGACACCUAAAUGUACGAAAGAUAAAUCAAUAAAAAUUGAAAUCUGCAAUGAAAAUCACUCAUCCACUUCUAUUGAAAUGCGUUUCGCGACUAUUAUUCAUAUUUGCAAAACACACGCCGAACAUUUCUCGGAUUGUAGACAUUAUCUCACAAUGGUCUCUUAAUGUCAAAAUAUAUGUAUUUUAAUUAGCUUACAUUUUAUAAUAAAUAUUAACUGCAAAUGAA